AUGUGGCUUUUUGCAGGGGGGCUUCUGCUCGGGUAUUUACGGCGCGCGGCGGUCCCAGCAGAAGUUCAAGCAGACUGCUUGCGGUUCGCUCCCGGGCUCGCAGCUGCAGCGCCGGGCACGGGGCGCGGAGCGAGCCUCACCCGCCCGGCCAUGGGCUGCACAUGCAGCACGACCGGCCGCUGCCAAGCCAGGAGCAAGAAACGACUAAGAGCUCGGCAGCCAAAGGCGCAGGCUUCCCAGGAGCUGACGGCCGUGAAGACAGAGAAUCAUGUCAUCGCAGCUCCCUUGCACGAGGAUGUGGAGACGACGAAGGCCCUGCUGCUGGAGGAGCAGAAGAGGGAGAUUGGGAGGCUGCUACAAGGACAUCAGGAGGAAACGGAGAGGCUGAAGGAAGCCCACCAGGCAGAGACCCAGAGACUGACCCAAGACGUUAAAAUCCAGGUGGAAAAGGAAAGAGAUUUCGAGCUUAACAAGCAGCUCUCCAAGCAGUUGGACACACUGAACAGAGAGCAUGAAGAGAACCUCCGAGAAGUCCAGAGGGCCCAUGACCAGGAGAUGCUGCUCUUAAGGGAAUCCUACCAAACGGCCCAGUCUUCCUUACAGGAGACGAUUGACAGGUUAAACUCCCAGCUGAAAUCCUUCCAGGAGAAAAUGAAACGGGUGGAGGAAUCGAUCUUGAGCAGAGACUAUAAGAAACAUAUUCAGGAUUAUGGGAGCCCCAGCCACUUCUGGGAGCAAGAACUGGAGAGUCUGCAUUUUGUCAUAGAGAUGAAGAACGAACGCAUCCAUGACCUGGACAAGAAGCUGCUGAACUUGGAAACAGUGAUGGAGAGGAACCUGCUUCUGGAGGAGAAAGUGAAAACCCUUCAGCAGGAGAACGAGGAUCUGCACGUUCAGACACAGAACCACUUGACAAUGACAAGGCAACUGUCUGACAAGCUCCUGGUGGUUCGGGAGGCCCUGGACAAGGAGUCCCAGCUGCGGGAGCAGGCGCACCGGGAGAAGGAAGAGCUGCUGUACAGGGUCCUGAACGGUGACUCUUCCCCCACCUUCCCCAUCCCCUCCAGUGAGGUGCCACUCAUCGCCACGUAGCGCUCUGGGAAGCGGCGACGGAGGCUGCUGGGAUGAGGACGCAAGCGAGGGGCACCAGAGACUCUUCCACCCCUCGUUUUAGCCCUUCCUUUUAUUGCACAGGCCCAGAGCUGCUGUCAUGGGGACUCUGGCCGGUAGAAGAGGAGUUCCUCAGACUUCCAACCUUGGGACGGCCGCCCUCUAAGUGGACAGUGCAGUAUUUCUCGGGACCUUUUCAAAGUGCUUUUACCCCUCCUGUGUGUCCCCCGUCUGACUCUGAACAUGGGGGAGCUUACGAGACACCCCAGAACCUAGACCCGUGCAGCGCGAGGUGUCCUAGCUGCCCCUGGCUUCACAUCUCAGUCAGUAGCGGUGGUUACAAGGGGACCCAAGGGCUCUCCGGUGCAUUUGGGGUGGGGAAGAAGAGGUCUGUUUCCCGCACUGGUUUGCCCAGGGGAAUCCGAACCGGAGCCCUGCAUCGGAACAGCCUCCUCUUUUGGGGAAGUUUGGAUCAGGCUCCAGGGCUGAAGUUCGCCACUCGGGUCCAGCUCUAACCAGAACCAAAGAGAAGGAUGCUCGUCUCAGAUGGAGCUGUUGAAAACAGCACCUAGCUGAGUCCAGCAUCAGCCCCCGCGGGGCGGCUUUGUGGUGUACACAGGCACGCAGCGGGUCAGGCGAGCCCUAAGCGUCUCUCUCUGGUAUUCUUCGAGAACAACCCUGCAAGGAAAGUUUUGAGAGUCUCGGAGCUGGAAAGUGCUGCUCUGUGUGACCCAGGCUCAGGGUUGUCACGGGCAGAAGACGGUGCCCUCUGCUGGCCAAGAAGCAACACCGGCUUCGGAAGAAGCAGCAAGCCUGCUGUUCCCAGCUGGAGAAACGGCUCCCAUGGCCUGUAGCAGGCACCCAAAGUGGUGCCCGAGGCGGCAAAGAGGGGGAAUGUCUGCUGGGCCGGGUGAGGAUGGGGCAAGGUAACGCAGUGGGCAAGAGGUGGACAGAGCUGGUCUCUCCCUGGUGCACUCACUGCCCGGGCUUUCUGGGAGCAGAUGGUUCCAGCUCCAUAGGGUGGCACAUGGACCCCUAUGGAAACUGCAUAGCAGUGGCAACCAGAGCUGGACCAGUGAGCGCCUUCAGCAGGAGUUUGGGGAACAGCAGAGGGGAAGAGGGAUUGUAGCAAACAUGCCCCCGUCUCAGAAAUCCCAGCCCUGCCUGCGGAUGGAUCAUGUGGUCCAGUAGCGCCUCUGGGGCGGAGAUGGGGGGGGGGGGGGCAGAGCACUGCCUCCCAGGGCUUCCCUCCCUGGAAUCUCCCCUCCUCAGGGGCUGCCGCAGGUGCCUGUCCCCUUCUGCAACUCCUCUUCACAGUCCUCCAAGCUUCAGUCCAAAUCCCCCUUAGACUUUGCUGUCACUGCCUCCUGCUUCCUCCUGGCUCAGGACAACAGUCCUAUUGCCCCAGGCUUCCUCCUGGGCCAGCACCUUCUAGUUCUGGCUCUGGCCUCCUCUCUGCCCUUAGCCCAAGAGAAGACAGUCCUAGGUCUACCUCUCUCCUGGGUCUCCUCCCUGGCCUUUCUUUCUGCUCUGCUCCUUCCCUUAUGAAGGCCCAGCUCCAGUUACAUCUAACACCCCUCCAGGUGCCACCCAGUGGCCUAACAGGGCUCAGGCUGAGUUAACCAAGCUGGAGGUUUAUACCCCAUCACAGCGGCGCCAGAUCUCCUCUUACGCUUGGGCUCCUUGACAUCACUCUGGCAGGGUAAAAGGGCCCAAAAGAAGGCACAAAUGUAAUUUAUUCCCCCUUUAAGACUCCUUUCCACUUGCCAGUGUGGUGUCAAGGAGCCUUUUUGUAAAUAUGACUCUGGCCCCUUGACGUCAUAUUGGAUUCACUCUGUACAAAGAGCCCCUGAUGCCUCCCGGUCGUUCGCAAAGUAUUGUCCGCUGCACUCUACACUCACCCCCCCUCUCUCUUGUAGCUCCAGGACACUUCCUGGAAAAGAAUCUUGGUUCCUUGCGAGCUCACCUGCUCCUGUUGUUUACUCCCCUUGUGAACCUUUUAAUUCUCCCCACCAUCGCUGUGGAAAUGACGGUGAUCCUGGAAGAACUCACAAUGGCUGCGAACAGGCGGCUGUGCACGCCGAAAACCCCACGCUCACUUCACACCGGAGUCAUGGAAACCGGGCACCUUGUCCACGCAGGGCCCAUACACCACCGAACUCUGAAAAUUCUCAACCAGUGAGCUCCGAUGCCUCCAGCUCCUAUUGUCCUGUUUGUCAAGUGGGAAGAGUUUGUUCCCAGUUUGUUCUCGCAACCUGACGGCCAGGCUGGGCAGACCCAGCCCUGUCGGCCUGGCCGAGAUUUACCUGGGAGAAUGGCUGUUUCUUUGGUGAGAGUUUGGCCCACGCGGAAAUUUUGUCAUCAUUUCUGUGCUAGCCGGCAGGGCUUGGAGAGUCACGCGAUUCCGUUCAGCCCACUAAGCGACCUGGGCAAUUUGGAAAUUUGCUUCAGGUGAAAAUUGGCCAUUUUCCCAAAGAAGGGUCACUAUUUUCACACUGAAAUGAGGUUUUUCUGUGUCUGGGAGCUGCCUGUUUCCACGGGGGGGG